GAACUUUCUUUGGAAAACAAAGUACUGAAGAAAAUCCACAAAACCUGCAGAAUUUAUGGUUCCACGACAGAUAACAUCCCUGCCCUCACAGACCCCAUUCUGGACAAGGAGACAAUUGAAGUGGGCAACCUGCGGUUCCAGGCCCUCUUCACGCCCGGCCACACCGUGGGUCACAUGAUCUAUGUCCUGGACGGGGAGCCGUACAACUGUCCCGCCUGCCUCUUCUCCGGAGAUCUGGUCUUCCUCUCCGGCUGUGGUCGGAUCUUCGAAGGCAGCGCCUCGCUGAUGCUGUCGUCGCUGGAUGUCGUGGGCACCUUGGGGGACGAGACAUUGCUCUGGCCAGGACACGAGUAUGCCCAGGAUAAUCUGAUGUUUGCAGCUUCCGUGGAACCAAACAACUCUGCCAUCUUCACAAAGCUGGAAUGGGUUCUGCAGCAGAGGCACUUGAACCAAUGCACGUGCCCAUCGACGAUCGGCGAGGAGAAAGAAUACAACCCGUUCCUGCGGACCCACUCCACCAUCCUGCACGACGCUCUCGGGGUGGAGCGGGCACCCAGCGAAGACUUGACGCUCUUCAGGUCACGCGUUCUGCAAGAGAUCAUGAAAAACAAACAUAUCUGCGUGAAGUCACGAGGAAUAUAUUGUAAAUGAUGCUGUUACCACUAAAAGUUCAAAUACAAGAAGUGUACCAA